UUGUAACAAAAUCAUUCCUGUGUGCACUGGAAUAUAUCAGCCGAAAAUGAGGAACUGUUGAGCAACGUACUGUGUGUGGAUGCCUCCGACCCUCGCUGGAUGAUUCCACCUCUGUGAUGAAAGGCUUAUCCAGCAGCCGCAGCCACCACCACGUGGUGACCUGUGACCCCUCUUUAGACUCCAUGGGUCACCACUUGGACCAUAAGCCCUACCUCAUCAGCCAGAUCGACAGCCCCCAUCCGGUCGACCACUCUUACUACUCCCAGAGAAUCCCUUACCAGCCUGACUGCGUGGUGCCUUACGGGACCUUCCCCCGCCGACACUACAGCUCUCAGCACGAGCUGAAGGACGAGACCGCUGUGGUUCCCUACACCGGGGGAGGGGUUCCGGCCAACAAGGGCCAACAGCGUAUCCCCAUCACUCUGUUGGAUCAGUUCGACCGGCAACUCCCAGUGCCUCGUGAUGGCUAUCACACGCUACAGUACAAGCGUGCCGCCGCAGCCUUGGAGCAACGGAGCGACAGCCCUGGCCGAAUCCGGCACCUGGUGCACUCAGUUCAGAAGCUCUUCACCAAGUCCCACUCACUAGAGGGCCCACACCAUGGUCACGGCCACGGCAAGGGAAGCAUCAACGGAGGCAAGGCCAGCCCCGACGGAGAACCCCCUGCUAUUCGGCACCGCAAGCGCAGCAAGAGCAGGGAGCGCUGCAAGUCGGCUGAACCCAAGAACAGGACACCACCUUCUGGCUACUGGAGCUCAGAUGAAUUGGAACGCGAGGCCUGCCUGUUUCACCAUGGACCACCGGGCGUCAUGACCAUGGGCCGUCACCCGGAUAAGUCGCAGUCACAAUACUUCUUGGAAGCCUACAACACCAUCAAUGACCAGGCACUUAAAAACUCCCGCAGCAGCAAUGAUUUGGGCAAGUGCUCGACGUGCACGAGCAUCCCGCUGAGCAUGGACCCUUCACAUCUCGUGAAGAAGAGCUCGUGGUCGUCCUCUCUCACGGUGAGCAGAGCACGUCAAGUCUACCAGAAGGCCUCGGUAAAUGUAGAUAAGGCCCUAGUGAAAGCAGAGGCUUGUCAGCAGGAGCGCUCAUGCCAAUUCUUGCAGGUCCCUCAAGACGAGUGGGGAGGCUUUCCACUUGGGAAAGAUGAGGAUAUCCCGUGUAGACGCAUGCGCAGCGGGAGUUACGUAAAAGCCAUGGCGGAGGAUGACAGCGGAGACUCGGACGGCAGCCCUAAACCCUCGCCCAAGAUGCAGGCGCGACGGGCCAGCUACCUCAAAGCCACCCAGCCAUCACUGACAGAGAUGACCACUCUGAAGUAA